ACACCCCUUUUUUCCUGCUACGUCACAGUUUCACGCUCGCGAAAGCGCAGGGAAUGCUGGGAAACAGGGACUGAUCUUUUGGUUAUGAUGGAGGUAAACAGACGGAACAGAAUCUUCUGUACAAUGCAAGAGGAACGACGGUAGUUAUCAAACAGUAAAAAACAAACCAAAAAAACUGUUAAAGUUGAGAAGGGCUGCGCUGCGGUCUGUGAGGUUCACUACAGUAUCCCUUUGCGUUAAAACUUGUACUACUCGUUGUACUACUUCUUAUUAACAUGGCUCAUAUGUUCGAUUGUUAAAGGACAGCAUCUCUACCCCAGGCGACACAGUGGGGCCAGAAGGUUGAGUAAUGUUCCUUGGUUUUCCUCGAGAAGAUGGAUGAAAAGUCCAGUAACAGUCGGCUUCUGCUGGCCCUGGUGAUGGUACUACUCUUCGGUGUCAUUGUGCUACAGUACAUCUGCCCUGGCACCGACUGCCAGCUACUCCGCCUGGGCUCCCUGUCCUCCAAAGCAGGCGACGGUCUUGGCGGGUCUCACGGCGCGGAUGUCGAGGGCAGCAAAGGAUCGGGUGCCGGAGACCCGUACGUCGCGGAGGACAGGACGUUAGCUCGCUACAUACCGCGCUUUAACUUCUCAGCGGGCGACCUCAGCCGAACUGUGGACUUCAACAUCAAGGGCGACGACGUGAUUGUUUUCCUGCACAUCCAGAAGACCGGCGGCACCACGUUCGGCCGACACCUGGUGCGCAACAUCCAGCUGGAGAGGCCUUGCGAGUGCCGUGCCGGACAGAAGAAGUGCACUUGUUAUCGGCCGGGCAAGAGAGAAACCUGGCUUUUCUCCCGCUUUUCCACGGGUUGGAGCUGCGGACUGCACGCCGACUGGACCGAACUCACCAGCUGUGUUCCGGGCCUCAUGAACACGCGGGAGCCGCUCAAGCCGCGCACCCCCAGGAACUACUACUACAUCACCAUCUUGCGGGACCCCGUGUGGCGCUACCUAAGCGAGUGGCGGCACGUGCAGCGCGGUGCCACCUGGAAAGCCUCGCUGCAUGUAUGUGAUGGGCGUGCCCCCACCCUGUCCGAGCUGCCCAACUGCUAUCCUGGGGACGAUUGGUCAGGCUGCACGCUGGAGGAGUUCAUGGACUGCCCUUUCAACCUGGCCAACAACCGGCAGACGCGCAUGCUGGCCGACCUCAGCCUGGUGGGCUGCUACAAUGCGUCAGCUAUGAGCGAGGAGGAGCGCGGCGCCGCCCUGCUGGAGAGCGCCAAGCGCAACCUGCGCGGCAUGGCCUUCUUCGGCCUGACCGAGUUUCAGCGCAAGACGCAGUACCUGUUUGAGCGCACCUUCCAGCUGAACUUCAUCGCCCCAUUCACGCAGCUGAACGGGACGCGGGCCGCUAGCGUGGAGGUGAGCGCAGAGACGCAGAGGUGCAUCCGGCAGCUGAACCGCUGGGACGUGGAGCUGUACGAGUACGCCCGCGACCUCUUCCUGCAGCGCUUCCAGGUCGCACGGCAGCACGAGCGGCAGGAGCAGCGGCAGCGCAGGCAGCAGGAGCGGAGGCGGCGGCUGCGGAGCAGGGUGCCGGUGACGAUGGCGCAGGCCAGGCGGGCAGGUGUUUUCGGUGCCCAGGCGGAGGGGCACCCCGUCCCAGAGCAGGGGCAGGAUGGGAAGGAUGGCGAGAUGGCAGAGUGGAUGGAGGCCUGGUGGGAGCUGGAGGAGAAUGGCACAGAGGACUACCUGGACAAUGUGGAGCAGUGGCGGUAAAUGGUUGUUAUUUGGUUUGGGUGAAUUAAGCCCAUUCCUAACCCUGCUACUGAAUCCAAACUCAACAGUGGGUUUUUUUAAAGAGACUCCUUUAUUUAUUUUAUUUACUCGAAAGGGACAUGGAAAACGAUUUUUAGAAACUUUCUCUGUUCCACUCCACUCCAUCAAUCCAAAGUCUCCAGUGUGGUCUGACUGCUGCAUGCUAUCUGACUCUUAAAAACUCACCCAUGACUAUACUUGUGUUCACCUCUAGCUUUUUUAUGUAGGAUUUGAUUGCUCAUUCUUUAAUGUCAUUAUUAUUACUGUCAAGGUUGAAAUUUCAACCAUCUUGCCAUUUUUUUCCUCCCUUCAUAACCAUUUUCUAUAUUGCGCACAUAUACUGACUGAUCAGUAGUGUCUCUUGAAUAUUUCUCUUUUUUUCCUUUUGAAAUCUUUGCCUGCUCAGUGUAACAUCCCCUUCUUGCCCAUCAGGAUACCUCCAAGAAAGUUGGAAUGUGUUCCUUAUCACUCACCUGGCGAUCAGAAUACUGUUUUAAACACUGCGGGUUGCAUGAAAACUGGUAAUCUGCAGUCAUCUGGUCUGUGGGCAGGUUUUAAAUGUGAACUCCAUGUUGUCUCCCCCGAGUGUUUUUUUCUGUUCACGUUUCAUCUGCAGUUUACCCGAUAACACACUACUAUAGAUACUCUACAAGAACUUCUACCAUUAGUAUUUGCCCUCAUCGGUUCUGAAAUCCCCUUUCCUAUCCCAGAACAGGCUUUAUCCUGUUUUUAAUGAAACUCUUUCUUUUGCUUCAGAGCAAAACAUGGCAGUCCAAAAAGACGGUUCUGAACACUGGAUAUCGGGGGGGGGUAGUAAACACUCAAGCGUUCACACCAGGGGGAAAGUGCCUGCAUGAAAAUAGCUUUGGUCCAAAUGAACAUCAUAAUGCUGAUACAGCAAAGACUGUAUGCCCCCCCCCCACCCCCAAGCAGAAGUUAUGCAGUGAUCAUGUAAUCCUAUGGGCGCCUGGCGCUGUAACUUGUAAUUGGAAUGGUGCUGAUUCAAUCCCUGCAGAUGUGCCACUGUUCGAUGUGCAAGUUAAGGUACAUGCACUAGUUCCCAUGUACAAAAAAAAUGUAGGUUGCUUUGGAUGGGAGAAACCUGGUACAGUCAUUCAGAUGUAUGGGGUACAGUUUAGUCAAUGGUAGGGUGUUACCCUGCAGGGAAGUACAGAGCUCACUGCUCCCAAGAGCAGUGCGUCAUAGCUGUGUUCCACCUGUGGAUUUGUAAAACCUAACCCCCCCCCCGGGGGCUUUUGAUCACUGACUCACUGUUUCCGUCACACGACUCCAGUCCCACAGUAACAUAUAUUUGGUAUGAAUGUAACUGUAACUUUUACAUUUUUAAGUAUCUCUUCAUCAGCACUAUUCUGUACCUUUCCAGAGAGCUACUCAUGGUACCUUCAGAUGUCAUUGUUUUUUAAAAAAAAAUAAAUGAUUUUUUUUUUAAUAA